CGGCGGCGGCAGGGCUGACCAUGAGUUUUCUUGGAGGUUUUUUCGGUCCCAUCUGUGAGAUUGAUGUUGUCCUUAAUGAUGGGGAAUCAAGGAAGAUGGCAGAAAUGAAGACAGAAGAUGGCAAAGUAGAAAAACAUUAUCUCUUCUACGAUGGUGAAUCUGUUUCAGGAAAGGUAAACCUAGCCUUUAAGCAACCUGGAAAGAGGCUAGAACACCAAGGAAUUAGAAUUGAAUUUGUAGGCCAAAUUGAACUCUUCAAUGACAAGAGUAAUACUCAUGAAUUUGUAAACCUAGUGAAAGAAUUGGCCUUACCUGGAGAAUUGACACAAAGCAGAAGUUAUGACUUUGAAUUUAUGCAGGUUGAAAAGCCAUAUGAAUCCUACAUUGGUGCCAAUGUCCGAUUGAGGUAUUUUCUUAAAGUGACAAUAGUAAGACGACUGUCAGACUUGGUAAAAGAGUAUGAUCUUAUUGUUCACCAGCUGGCCACCUACCCAGAUGUUAACAACUCCAUUAAGAUGGAAGUGGGCAUUGAAGACUGUCUACACAUAGAGUUUGAAUAUAAUAAAUCCAAGUAUCACUUAAAGGAUGUUAUUGUUGGAAAAAUUUAUUUCUUACUAGUAAGAAUAAAAAUUCAGCAUAUGGAGUUACAACUGAUAAAGAAAGAGAUCACUGGAAUAGGGCCCAGUACCACGACAGAAACAGAGACCAUUGCCAAGUAUGAAAUAAUGGAUGGUGCACCAGUCAAAGGUGAAUCAAUUCCUAUAAGACUCUUUCUAGCGGGAUAUGACCCAACUCCAACAAUGAGAGAUGUGAACAAGAAAUUCUCAGUACGAUAUUUUUUGAACCUGGUCCUCGUGGAUGAGGAAGAUAGACGGUACUUCAAGCAGCAGGAGAUCAUCUUGUGGAGAAAAGCUCCGGAGAAGUUGAGGAAGCCCAGGACGAACUUCCACCAACGCUUUGAGCCUCCGGAGCCACAGGCAUCAGCUGAGCAGCCUGAAAUGUGAAGGGAGGAAGGAGAGGGGAGAGGGAAGGGGAGGCUCCCGGGCCCAGGGGUCACAGCCUGCACAGGACAAGGCCUGAGACCCCGGCCUUGCCUCUCUCUGACCACACUCACCUAUUUUGCCGCACUACUAACCAUUCUCAAAGGUGUACAUUCAGUUAAAAACAAAGUGCUUUCUCUGAAACACUGGAACUUUCUCAAGCUGCCGUCUUUUUUUUUUUUUUUUAACUUCCUACUUUAAUUUGCUCAAAUGCACUCAGAUAUGCAUAUGCUUAAACAUUAAACAUUUCUACAUGUGUGUAGGCUGGUGUUUCAUAAUUUUGUUUUCUUUCUCUAGGAUGUAGAUUAUGAAGCUUCCUGCCCCAUCUCCACCUCAUUGAUUCCCUCCCAUCUCUGCAAAACAUUGAGAUUUGUGUACUCAGAUGAUGAGAGAGACGUGGAGGAGCUGUGAGGCUUUGGGGGCCUCUAUCCCCUAGGCACACCAAACCCCGAGGAUUUCUAUUCAAAGUCUUGUGGGUGCUUGAGGGAUUCAGGCACUGACUUUGUCCUGAGUCUUCCAAACCCAUGGGGACUUCCUUACAGCCUUUCACCUUAAAGAGAGUAUAACAGGAUGGGGUGAUUGCCAUCUUAUUCCCAGAAUUUCCUUUUUGCCAUUAGUCUUAAUUGUUUUGCAUUGGCACUACAGUAGAUUUUCUGCUGUUUUGUUUGUAUUUAAAAAAUUUUCAUUUUCAUAAAAGAUUUUUUUCCCCCAUAGAUACUUUAAGGCAUUUUAUUUUUAGAUUGGGAAAAUUUGGCUGUGUGCAGAGAAUGCUAAUUCUCAGAUUCACAAACCUCUUGAUUGUGGGUUGGUGGGUGGGUGAACUUUGUAUCAUCUUCGAUCCAUUUCUGGUUAAACAAACUUAUGUUAAGCUGCAGCUUUGACCAACCAAAACUCAGAUUUUGCAAGCUAACCAACCUCUCUAAGGAACAUAAAAUAUCUUUUAUUUUAUUGAAUGUUGAAUUUAAAUCCUCCUUGGUACAAAGACUCUCGAAGGUUACGUGGUUGUGGACUGGGUUCAGUUUCCAAUUGUCCACCACGUGGCGGAGGCCCCAGUCUUGUCUGAGCCACAGAAGCCUCUUGUACUUAAGGUUCAUGAACCAACAAAGAAUUUUCCCUAACAGUGCUAGCCUUGGCGGUGCAUCUACCUUACUUGGUGGGGAGCUCAGUCCCUGGGUCAGGCAUCUCUGAGAGCCUGCUUCCCUCCUAUGGCACUGACCAAACAGUCUGUAACCACCUUUUACUACAGAAGACGCUCUGGGUCUGCGUGCUGCGGGAUAUCUAUGGGGAUGGAAACAGAUGGAUUUUUUUUCCUCAUGUAAGUGCCUGUUCAGAAAUUUAAAAAAAAAAUUUAAAAUGCCAAAUAUUUUCAUGGUCACUUGCAUGUAGUAAUCUAGAAACUGUUUGAAAAGAUUUUGAAAACUGAUUAUAUUUAACCAGCCUCCAAUUGUGCAACCAUGUAUAAUAAAGAAUUUGAAACUGAUACUGAGCUGCUAUUUGAAUGAUUAAAAAUAGCUGUAUUCUCAA